AUGAAUAGAAUAGAUAGGCCUCAGGAAGUCUUGUCCUCUGUGUAUACGCAUGUGUACUGUAAAGCUGAGAAGAAAGAAGAAGAAGAAGAGGAGAAUCAAAUGGGAAGAUCAUCAACUGAAGAGAAGAUUGUAUAUUUUACUCUUGAGGAAGGAGAAAAGCCAUUGUAUCUGAGGAUACAAAGGCCAGAAGCUGAAGAUAAGAUCUACAGGAUCAGUCGUUACAUGGCCUUGCGUACAAUGCUGCUCGACUACUGCAAUCGUUUGGGGCUUUUCUACGAAGAAUUUCGAUUUACUUACGAUGGUACUCGUCUACGUGAGGACAAGACGGGAGAUCAACUUGGUAUGGGGGAUGAUGAUGUUAUUGAUGAUGCUUGGUCUGCAUAUCUUGGUGGUGGUGGUGCUGCUGCUACUGAGGAAUAG